AUGAAAUUAAGAACACAAGAUACAAUGACCGUUAAUGUUGAACCCGAAAUUGGAAUUGAUGAGAUAAAAAAUGGUAAUAAAAUUAUUUCAUCGAAUUUACAUAUAAGUGAUGCUGACAAAGAAAAAGGAAAUUAUAAAAAUUUCAGUAUUUCGAAGCGAACAAUUAAAAAACUUCAAAGUCGUAAUGUUGAAAUUCUUUUUCCUGUUCAAGCAGACAGUUACAAUCAUAUUUUUGCUGGAAAAGAUUGCUUAGUUCAAGCAUAUACUGGCACCGGAAAAACAUUAGCCUUUACAAUUCCUAUUGUUGAACUCAUUCAAAAUGAUACAUCAGUGAAGUUAAUACGUGGACGAGCACCGCGCGCUCUUGUUUUAGCACCAACAAGAGAAUUAACUAAUCAAAUUUCUGAAGAUUUUCAAUCGAUUGUUAGCGAUCUAUCUAUUGUAACAAUCUAUGGUGGGAAAAAAUAUGACGAUCAAGAAAAAGGGAUCCGUAAUGGAUGUGAUAUUCUUGUUGCAACACCUGGUCGAUUGAAAGAUAUUGUUGAUAAAGGCAGACUUGAUUUAACUAAAAUAAAAUAUGUGGUUCUCGAUGAAGUUGAUCGAAUGCUCGAUAUGGGUUUCAUUGAUGAUGUUGAAGAAAUUCUUGGUCAUAUGUUUACAGCAGGUCGAGAAACAAAACCGCAGUUUGUUGUUUUUUCUGCAACAAUGCCAGAUUGGGUUUAUAAAACAACGAAAAAAUACAUGUCUAAAGACUUUGUUACCAUUGAUUUAGUCAAAGGAAAUAUGCAGAAAACUGCUGCUAAUGUUGAACAUUUAGCUGUACCAUGUGCUUAUCAAGAUCGAGCUGGUGUCAUCAAUUCUGUUGUUCAAAUCUAUUCUAGUAGUACUCUAGAUGGUCGUGCAAUUGUUUUUUGUGAAACGAAAAAAGAAGCUGAUGAACUUUCAGUUAGUCACGAUAUUAAAGCUGAAGCACACGUACUUCAUGGUGAUAUCCCACAAGAUAAACGUGAACUUGUUCUAAGAAAAUUUCGUGAAGGAAAAUAUCGUUUAUUAAUUACAACCGAUGUUGCUGCUCGUGGUCUUGAUAUUCCUGAAGUCGAUCUUGUUAUCGUAACAGCUCCACCAAAAGAUGUUGAAUCCUAUAUUCAUCGAUCGGGUCGUACAGGUCGAGCUGGUGCUCAAGGUAAAUGUAUUUGUUUAUAUAAAUCAACUCAAAUACGUGAUCUCAGACGAGUCGAAAUAGAAGCAGGUAUUACAUUUACUCGCAUCGAACAACCACGAACAGAAGAUGUACUGAGUGCAUCAUCAGCGGACGCAGCUAAAGCGCUUGACAGUGUAACUGAUGCAGCCAAAGCUCACUUUCGUGAAGCAGCCGAAAAAAUUCUCAAAACAUUUGAUGCAGUUGAUGCUCUAUCAGCUGCAUUGGCUUGCAUAUCCGGCACAACAAAUAUUGUUCCUCGAUCUUUAUUUUCAAAAAAAGAAAAUUAUACAACAUAUAUGUUAACAGUUACAGAUGAAUUAAAAGGUCCCGGAUUAGUAUUUACAAUGUUGCGCAAAUGUUUUGGAGAGGAUUUUGAUGCCAAAGCUAAUUGCUCACAAGUCGCAUUUACGAAAGAUUAUAGAAGUGCAGUAUUUGAUAUACCCAGUGAACUUGAUGAAAAAUUACAAGGUUAUUGGAAAGAUAGUCCAAGAAUUCAGAUGAAACCUAUUCAAGAAUUGCCACAACUUGAUGAGACAUCAAGAAAUGGUGGUAGAAGUUUUUCUCGUGGUUCAUAUGGAUCAUCACGUGGUGGCAGCUAUGGUGGCAAUAGAAACUCCGAUCGAUCGAAUGGAUGUUUUAAAUGUGGUAAAGAUGGUCAUAAAUCAUUCGAAUGUACGGAAGCAAAAAAAUCCGGUGGUCGUGACCAAUCAAAUGGCGGUUGUUUUAACUGUGGUAAAGAUGGUCAUAAGUCAUUCGAAUGUACGGAAGCGAAAAAAACUGGUGGUCGUGACCAAUCAAAUGGCGGUUGCUUCAACUGUGGAAAAGAUGGCCAUAAAUCAUUCGACUGUCCUGAACCUAAAAAAGGACGAUCGUCAACAUUUUCCGGUGCUCGUGGUGGCGGUAUGAAACGUAGCUUCACUAGUAAUCAAGAAAACGGUCAUAGUAAUGGUGGAAUGACAAGUAAGAAAAUUAAAUUUAACGACGACGAUGAUUAG